GUUUCUUCUAGGAUAAGUUGGAUAUCUGACAUUAUUGUGGUGGUCUCUCCAGAAAAUAUUGAAACAAUGAGGUCUAUCAUUGAAAAAUAUGGCCACAGAAGAGUUACCAUAGUAAAAGGUGGAAUAACUCGUCACCGCUCAAUUUUCAAUGGACUGAAAAUAUUUGCAGAGAAUGGAUUUUCCAACCAUCCACUCCAGAAACCAGAAGUAGUGAUUAUCCAUGAUGCUGUGAGGCCAUUUGUUGACGAAGAUAUUCUUUCAAAAGUAGUUAUGGCUGCUAAAGAGCAUGGGGCAGCAGGAGCAAUUCGUCCUCUAGUUUCUACUGUUAUUGCCUCUGCUGCAGAUGGCUGUUUAGACCACUCAUUGGAACGUGCCAGGUACAGAGCAAGUGAAAUGCCUCAGGCUUUCUUGUUUGAUGUAAUCUAUGAAGCAUACCAACAGUGUACAGACUAUGAUCUGGAUUAUGGAACUGAAUGUUUGCAUCUGGCUCUGAAAUACUGUAAAACAAAUGCUAAACUUAUUGAAGGAACAGCAGACCUCUGGAAGCAUGUGGAACCCAUUGCAGUAGCACUGGACUUUGAAGAGGCCUGUAAACACAUGGAAAAUGACAACACAU